AUGAGCGGCAGCUCGAACCAGUCCACUCGAACGAGUCCAGGCUCUUUCGGCACGACCCAACGCACCGAGUCCGUGUCUUCUGGUUCCUCGCCUCGCCAGUCCUCUUCCCAGGUACCCGCGACGACUCAGCAUGCGAUGUCGACCGACGUGUAUAGCCCGACGGUCUCGCAAGCGCCCACCUCUCUAGGCCCUACCUUCACCUACCCCUUUUCGCCACUCGGCCCCUCCACCUCCUUCGAUAACGGAAUGCGCCUCGGCGACGCGGACCGCAACCUUCAGGGUCUGAAUGGCCUGGGGCGCGGCAGUGGUGGUGGCGCGAUCUUGAUGCGCAAACUGCCGCGCAACACCAGCCGCGAAGCCCUCCGCAGUAUGCUCUUGUUCGCCAAGGAUCUCGUCGACGCCGACUUUGUGAACUCCGACCUCCCGGAGGAUGACGGAUUUCUCAGCGCGAUCGCACGCUUCAAUUCCUUGCCCGCAGCCGAGGAGGCUCGAGCCAUGCUCGAUGGAAAGCCGAACUCGAAAAACGACGCGCACAUGGUGGUCGAAAUGUAUCCCGGUCCCGUAGGAUCCAACCUUUCGAAUACGCGUCGCAACACGAUUGAUCAUACCGCGACUCAUGGAUUGCUGGGCGGUGUCCCGACAAAUGGACCCUUGUCGCGUCAGCGCCAGUCUUCUCGUUUCAAUGGCACUUUCCAGAGUCUCGAGCGGCUGUCUGCCAACCCGUCCUCGCAGGUCAUCGGUGAGGGUCUCCCGUCAGCAUCCGAGUCCGGUUCCCGCCUUCACAGUCUCUUUUCUCCCCAGUCUCCUAUCGGCAACGGAGUCGGUGAUCUCCCACGCGUCACCGGCAAGUCCAUGAUUGACGAGGAUCCUGAUGAGGAGACAGGCGAGCUGCUCAAAGAUCCUGUGGGUUACGCGGAAAAUGGACACUCAGCUUCGGUUUCCGUCCCACGCCGGUCCACCAAUCCUCAGAUCCCGACUGGUCGCUUUGCCAAUCUUUCCUUGUCCACUACGAUGUCAUCCCCUCCCUUGCCCAACUACGCGUCCAAUGGCCCCGGCCAGCGCAUGAGUGGGAGUGGCCCUUCAUCUGCCUACCCUGGCACCGUGAACCAUGGUCAUGGUUUCCCCUAUGGCAGUCAGCACACUCCGCGCCAUAGCCUUCCUGCCGCAAACCCGAACGACUUGAACCCGCCAUGCAACACCCUCUACGUGGGCAACCUGCCCCCAGAUACUUCGGAGGAAGAACUCAAAGCCCUCUUUUCCAAGCAGCGUGGCUACAAGCGACUGUGUUUUCGGAACAAGCAGAACGGCCCCAUGUGUUUUGUCGAAUUUGAUGAAGUUGCUAUGGCAAGCAAGGCUUUGAAUGAGCUGUAUGGCUACAAGCUUUCCAACAGCGUCAAGACUGGCAUUCGUCUCAGUUUCUCCAAGAAUCCUCUGGGCGUGCGCUCUGGCCAACCUGGCAGCAUGAACCCAGCCAACCCACUUUCCGGGCCAGGUGGUGUUCCCGGUGGUAGCAGUCUGGGCGGCAUGCACAGCCAUAUGUUCUCGUCAGUAAGUGGACCGCCUCCUGGAUUGGCUGCUCCCCCAGGUCUCGCCAUGCCCAUGCCUAUGCGCAACGGCAACAACGUGCAUGCCAACAACGUUCACGGAAACAACAUGCAUGGCACCCCAGUUGGGAAUCCACAUGCCAUGAUUGGCAACGGGUCGUUCAGUCACGGCUCGGGCCUAGGUAUCCGAACUAACGGAGUCAAUUCCAUGAUGAUGUCGCCGCCCCCUGGUGGCGCCGCUGGCAACAACGCAGGGCCGAACAUGAACGGCUUCAAUUCCUUCUACCCCGAUUACAUGAUGGGUCGCUGA